UUUAAAAAAAAAUCAACGAUACAUCCCCAGAUUCCCCUUUGCUGUAUAAAGCUCGCAUUAGCAGAGGACUAGAAUGUGGAGGAAGAAGGAUGUAUCUGGAGUAGCGAAUUGCGGGGUAAGGAAGGAGUAGGCGAGUUGGGGUGUGUGUUUGGGGUUGGGGUUUGUCUACGGAUCAGUCUAGCGAGGUUCAAAAGAAAAGUUGCAGCGACACGGGUCUGAGCCUGUCGGGGUGCGGGAGAGAGCGCUGGCUUGUGUGGUUUGUACGCACUGCGGGGGGGCCCCACAGUCAGGGAAAUCCAGCCACUGGCAGAGCAGAGGAGACCCCGGUGGUUGUCACCGCCGCCCUCCCGGCUUUUGCCACCGCAAAGCACCCGGGGGUAGCACGCGGGGUCCGGAGAGGCGGGAGACACCGAAGAAGGCGGCGGGCCCGGCUCGUGCGAGCCAGUGCGAGGCUGCGGGCGGGCGGGCGGGCGGGGUGCGCGGGAGGGAGGGGAGAGAGCGAGGGAGGGAGCGCAGCGCGCGCGCCGCCCGGCCCCGGCCCUCCCAGCCCGCCGGCCUCGCCGCCUCCCGCCCGCGCGCACCGCUGCCUGCUGCCGCCGCCGCCGCUGCUCGCGCCGGGCGCUGCUCGGGAGUUGGGCCGCCGCCGCCGGCUUUGUGUUACCAGCAGAGGAUGGGAGCGACCUCCUCCUGAUCCAGAGCUGUCUCAAAAGGGAGUGAGCGCGCCCGAUCGCCUGGCGGCGUGCAGGACCCGGGAAGGGGAUCCAUCCACAAGGCUCAGCCCAGGUUGGAGCAGUUGGAAGUCUUAUUGUACAACAUGCUUCGAUUAAGUCUCCCACCCAAUGUUUCAAUGGGAUUUCGUCUGGUAGCUCUGGUGGCUCUCUUGUUUUCCCAUGUUGACCAUAUAACUGCAGAUACAGAGGCAGAAACAGGAGGAAAUGAAACCACUGAAUGUACUGGCUCAUAUUACUGUAAGAAAGGGGUGAUCUUGCCCAUUUGGGAACCCCAAGACCCAUCUUUUGGGGACAAAAUUGCUAGAGCAACUGUGUAUUUUGUGGCCAUGGUCUACAUGUUCCUUGGAGUUUCUAUUAUUGCAGACCGGUUUAUGUCCUCUAUAGAGGUCAUCACCUCUCAAGAGAAAGAAAUAACGAUAAAGAAACCGAAUGGAGAGACCACCAAGACGACGGUGAGAAUCUGGAACGAGACUGUGUCGAACCUGACCUUGAUGGCCCUGGGAUCUUCUGCUCCUGAGAUUCUCCUGUCAGUCAUUGAAGUGUGCGGCCAUAACUUCACCGCAGGGGACCUGGGUCCCAGCACCAUCGUGGGAAGUGCUGCCUUUAACAUGUUCAUCAUAAUCGCACUCUGUGUUUACGUGGUCCCUGAUGGAGAGACAAGGAAGAUCAAGCAUCUGCGUGUGUUCUUUGUGACAGCAGCCUGGAGCAUCUUUGCCUAUACCUGGCUUUAUAUAAUCUUGUCUGUCAGCUCUCCUGGAGUUGUGGAGGUCUGGGAAGGCUUGCUUACUUUCUUCUUCUUUCCCAUCUGCGUUGUGUUCGCGUGGGUAGCAGACAGGCGGCUUCUCUUUUACAAGUAUGUCUACAAGCGGUACAGGGCCGGCAAGCAGAGGGGGAUGAUCAUUGAACAUGAAGGAGACAGACCAGCUUCCAAAACUGAAAUCGAAAUGGAUGGGAAAGUGGUCAACUCUCAUGUUGACAAUUUCUUAGAUGGGGCUCUGGUUUUGGAAGUUGAUGAGAGGGACCAAGAUGAUGAGGAAGCCAGGCGUGAGAUGGCAAGGAUUCUGAAGGAACUUAAGCAGAAGCAUCCUGAGAAAGAAAUUGAGCAAUUAAUAGAAUUAGCCAACUACCAGGUCCUAAGUCAACAGCAGAAAAGCCGAGCAUUUUACAGGAUUCAAGCUACUCGCCUGAUGACCGGAGCUGGCAACAUCUUGAAGAGGCACGCAGCUGAUCAAGCAAGGAAGGCUGUCAGUAUGCAUGAAGUCAACAUGGAAAUGGCUGAAAACGACCCAGUCAGUAAGAUCUUCUUUGAGCAAGGAACAUACCAGUGUCUAGAGAACUGUGGUACUGUGGCCCUCACCAUUAUGCGCAGAGGGGGCGACUUGAGCACCACUGUGUUUGUUGACUUCAGGACAGAAGACGGCACAGCCAAUGCUGGGUCUGAUUAUGAAUUCACGGAAGGGACUGUGAUCUUCAAACCAGGGGAGACCCAGAAGGAAAUCAGAGUUGGCAUCAUUGAUGAUGAUAUCUUUGAAGAAGAUGAAAACUUCCUUGUGCAUCUUAGCAAUGUCAGAGUCUCUUCAGAUGUUUCAGAAGAUGGCAUACUAGAAUCCAAUCACGCUUCUUCAAUUGCUUGUCUUGGGUCACCCAGCACUGCCACCAUAACCAUUUUUGAUGAUGACCAUGCAGGCAUCUUUACAUUUGAGGAACCCGUGACUCACGUGAGCGAGAGCAUUGGCAUCAUGGAGGUGAAGGUUUUGAGAACCUCUGGAGCUCGAGGAAAUGUUAUCAUUCCCUACAAAACUAUUGAAGGCACAGCCCGAGGUGGAGGGGAAGACUUUGAGGACACCUGUGGAGAGCUCGAAUUCCAGAACGAUGAAAUAGUCAAAACAAUAUCAGUCAAGGUAAUCGAUGACGAGGAGUAUGAGAAAAACAAGACCUUCUUCAUUGAGAUUGGAGAGCCCCGUCUGGUGGAGAUGAGUGAGAAGAAAGCCCUGUUGUUGAAUGAGCUUGGUGGCUUCACAUUAACAGGAAAAGAGAUGUAUGGCCAACCUAUCUUCAGGAAGGUCCAUGCUAGAGAUCAUCCGAUUCCCUCUACUGUAAUCACCAUCUCAGAGGAAUAUGAUGACAAGCAGCCACUGACCAGCAAAGAAGAGGAGGAGAGGCGCAUUGCGGAAAUGGGGCGCCCCAUCCUAGGCGAGCACACCAAGCUGGAGGUGAUCAUCGAAGAGUCUUACGAAUUCAAGAGCACUGUGGACAAACUCAUUAAGAAGACGAACCUGGCCCUUGUGGUGGGGACCAACAGCUGGAGAGAGCAGUUUAUCGAAGCCAUCACUGUCAGCGCUGGGGAAGAUGACGAUGAUGAUGAAUGUGGGGAGGAGAAGCUGCCCUCCUGUUUUGAUUACGUGAUGCACUUUCUCACAGUGUUCUGGAAGGUUCUGUUUGCCUUCGUCCCACCUACAGAAUACUGGAAUGGCUGGGCCUGCUUCAUUGUCUCCAUCCUCAUGAUCGGCCUACUGACCGCCUUCAUUGGAGACCUGGCUUCCCACUUUGGCUGCACCAUUGGUCUGAAAGAUUCCGUGACUGCCGUUGUGUUUGUUGCUCUUGGAACCUCGGUGCCAGACACAUUUGCCAGCAAAGUAGCAGCUACCCAGGACCAGUAUGCAGAUGCGUCUAUAGGCAAUGUCACUGGAAGCAAUGCUGUGAAUGUCUUCCUGGGAAUCGGCGUGGCCUGGUCCAUUGCUGCCAUCUACCAUGCGGCCAACGGGGAACAGUUCAAAGUGUCCCCCGGCACGCUAGCUUUCUCUGUCACUCUCUUCACUAUUUUUGCUUUCAUCAACGUGGGGGUGCUGCUGUAUCGGCGGAGGCCAGAAAUAGGAGGUGAGCUGGGAGGGCCCCGGACUGCCAAGCUCCUCACAUCUUCCCUGUUUGUGCUCCUGUGGCUCUUGUACAUUUUCUUCUCCUCCCUGGAAGCCUACUGCCACAUAAAGGGCUUCUAAAGGAACAAUCAGAUAUAGUAAAUUUAUAUAUAUAUAUGUAUACAUAUAUAUAUACAUAAAAAUUAUGUAUAAUGAACAGAGGAAACUGACAUUUGUCAUGUUCACUUAAACUGCUGAUGGAAUCCAGCUUCAAGAACAUCCGUACUAGGCCGGAAGUCAGAAACCAUCAUCUCCCAUUCCCGGGCAUCAUCAAGUUGAACAAGGCAUGGAGGCAGGGUCAUCUUGCAGCUCGUCCUAGAAGAGCUAUACUCUCUCCGAGUUCUUAAAUGGUUAAGGCUUCUAUUUGUUUUCUUGUUUUAUUUUGUUUUGUUUUGUUUUGUUUUGUUUCCAGUGGUGGGGGGAGAGGGAGGGAUGUGGGUGGCUGAUGUUUGGCUUUCGGUUUUGGUUUUGGUUUUGCUUUGUUUUGUUUGGAGGGCCAAGAUCUUCUCCUUAUAGAAAGUAGUGAUCCACCCAAAGGGGAGUGGAUUUUGGAUGAAUAUUAGAAUCAUUAAGAUUCGCUCCUCACCUCCUCCGAACACUUUAAACAUUACUUGGAUUAAGGAAGGAGCUGGGCGUGGAAGAAGAAAAAAACCACAUCUUCACUACAUUACCAAAUUGUAUGCUUAUCUCCGGAAUGUGAACAGUGGUGAACUGCCUCCAGAGAGAAGCAUGGGAGCUGAAAAGGAGCCAGGAAAAGCAAUGGUUCUAGACAUAGUUUAAGGAUACGGUGUCUGGCACUCUUGUUCAACAGGUACAGGGAUAAUGUGCCUAGAUUCCCAGGAACUCAUAGAACCCUUCAUCCCUUAUUUCUAGCUCUGAACUGUGAUUAGCAAGACCCUUACUCCUUCCAGCCCAGCCUGUUCCCCGGGUUUUCCAUCCCAGACCUCCUCCUGCCCUCCACCCAGCCCCUGCAAGGAGGAAAAUUAACCCCACCCCCAAAGCCCUACCAUUUCAGUCAUCACGUGUGUCCAGGUCCCAUGUUGCUCUUGCCUGGGAUUUUCCAUCCGUUUUAUUUUCAGUGGCAUCCAUGGCUUGCACAAUCCUGUUCCAGUCAUGACUGAACAUUUGCCCCUCCUUCAUGUGCCUGUUAGGGACUGUUGUCGUGAUCCCCAUUACACAGUGCAUGGACGAAAAACAAAUAAAACAAAGCGUAUCUGUAUAUAGUAGAGUAUAGCAAAUACUGUCCUCCCAUUCAGCGAUGUUGAUUGGACAUUGAAGACAUAAGUGAGUUUUCUUUUCACCUGAGUUGUUCCUUUUGAGUUGUGAUUGAGUUUGGAUAUUAAUAGGGAUAAAAGAAGAAAAUGGCUUAUUGUUCAUGAAUCUUGCACGCUCAUUACUAAGAAGCAAUAAUUGUCGUGUGAAAAGAUAUUAAAGUUGAGAGGAUAGCAGGCAAACUACAAAGAUGUCUAUGAAAUAAUAGCCAUGUAGAGCACAUCAGAGGUCUCUAAGAAUCACCCAUUAAUUCAGGUAGACUGAGAAGAAAGGCUGGGAGACCAGUGGAUACUUUGGAUGUGCCUGGAUUUUUACAGCCACCAUUUCCACACCACCCCUCCCCCAACAUAUUUAUUGCACAUCUGCUCUGUCUGGCACAGAUGAUAGAUAGUGCUAGUUGAUUUUAUUAAUGGAGAAGGCUGUUUUGAGCCCUGUUUUGUUCACCUUUCAGUUCAGAUAGCAACUCCUGAGUGGAAGUCUGAGUGACCAGUGGGACUUUAGAGGUCCACUGGGUAUGACUAAGAGGACGUUACUCAAAGAGACUGGGAGUAACCAUUGCAAGGAAUGACUCUUUCCAUUCAAAAUACCAAAGAGCAGAGAUAAACCCAACAUUCCAAAAGCUGUGAUUCUACUGAUGGGAAAUGGGACGGCUUGGCCCAUCUCUCAGACACUUCUCUGAGCCUUUCUGGCCCUCUGCGUUGACUCCAGAUACUUAAGAGAUAAAUGUAGCUGAGAACUCCUUUCCCUCCUUCCACUCAGUGAUCAUAACCAUUCAUUGUUUAACCAACAUGUAGUGACUGAGUGAAUAGAAACUUGUUGCCCGUUCAGUAGGCCAGGUAAUACUACAACCUGGGAGCAGAACAGUGACCAAGACAGCCCAAAUUCCUGCUCCCAAGGGGAAUGUAGUGAGUGGGAUUCCUCCUCAGAGAGUGAGAGUUGACACUGAGACAGUUUUGAUCUUGGAAGAGAAAAGGAAUUAUGACUUUUAACCUAGGCACAUUAAAAUUGCACAACAAAGGCAGUUGACCAAAUGCUCAUGUUUUGUUUUUCCUAAAAGAAUGUAAUUUUUAGCUCUGGAAAAGUACUCUUUAUAGCCUUGGCCAACUCGCAGGUAUUUUUAUCUUCCUAAUUUAGGCCAAGCAGGACACUAUGGUGGUGACCAAUAUCACUGAGAAGAGCUAAUUAGCCGGUGUUUAGUCUCUGUGGCAAUGGUACCUUUCCAUCACAACACUCCACAGGCCACCAACAGUGGUGACAGUGGGGACUCCUCAGGGGAGCCCUCUAAGCCAUCCUGUUUUGAUUUUUUUUUUAAUCUUAAUUUUAGAUUUUAAAAGUGGAAAGCUAGCCUAGACAUACCCAGUAAAUCUAGUCAAAGGAUAUAUGUGGUUAAAAACCUUAGAAAGAUUUUGCACUGGUUUUUGUUUAGUUCUGUUUUUUUGUUUUGUUUUUAAGCCAUCUUCGGAAUGUCAAUAAUUCUGUAGUGAAUUUCACAGAGAACUUCCCAAGAACGUCUUGCUGUUGGUCAGUUUCAAGUUCAAGCUUUUUGGUGUGUUUGCCUUUUCAGUCUUCAUGCUGUAGGGAAAAUCUGAUCUGGAUCUUCAGGGUUCUUAAUUAUUAUGUGUAAAUGAUUUCAUUUGAUUUGUUUGAUUAUUUUUAUUUUGUGUGUAUUGUGCACGGCUUUAGGGGGACAGGCACACUCGGUGCUGUUCCUGACAAUUGGUACACAUUAUUGACACAGAAAACAAAAACAAAAAUCAAUAAAGUUUCUAACUGUUUGUGAUUUCAUCACCAGUGGCACAGCAUGUUCUGUACUGUGGAAUGUCCCCUCUCCUCACUGUCACCUACUUCAUUUUCAGUUGUUUGUUUUCAUGCUCUGAAGAAAUAAAGACCAAAAAGGUAUCCUUGUGCAAUCUAUAUCCUUAUCCAUGGGAAAGGAGACAGCCACAAUCCAAACCCAUACACAUGUCAGCCCUUAGCUCAUGCUGUGCUUAAAUGGCCCACGAGCAGCACGUGGAGUCGGAAUGUUUGUCUGUUGUGUGAUGCUGUGAUAAGCAUUGGGUGUACCUUCUUUUCACCAUUUUUCCACCUUUUAAUUUAACUCUAUCUUCUUGCUUCCUGAACCCAAGCACAUGAACUCACAGGCUAUUACUUGUUAAACAACUUUCAUCACACAGCGCAUCAUAGUAAAUCAUGCCACCCAUUGCACUGGUUUUUUUUUCGAAGUAUAGUUACUUCCCAAGGGACAAACAAAUUGUUCACUUAGUAUCAUAUAUUGUAUUUCUUCUUAUUCCUAGAACAACUUCUUUAUGUUGAUAACUUCUGAUUCUAUGAAUUGUAUAAGUCACUGAUUUUCAUAUCUCAUGCAAUCAAAAGUACACAGAAAGAGGUGACACCAGACAUAGAAUAAGAAUUGUGGGGAGGAAUGCCCUCUUGCUCUGGUAGAAUCUGGACACUGGGUACAUGCAAAUCACUCUUGGUUCAUCUGAGCAUCUUAAAGUUUCCCAUAGGCCCUUUCAUCACAGCAUCAUGUUGGCAUGUGUGGCACACUUUCAAGGGAAAAAAAAUGAGGGACAACUCAAACACUCUUCUUGAAUCAAAGAAUUGACAUGUGUCCUGAAUAUUGAUCUUUAAUUUCAUAUAAAAUUGGCAGGCUGAAUUUGCUUCUUGAAUAAGAACCAAACUGAGUAUUAUAGUGAGGAUCCUUGACCACUUAGUAGACCUCAGCAAAAUUCUUGACUGAUUGAUUCUCAAGUGAUAGGAGCAAACAUUAAUUUGUUGAUGGAUUCUGAUUCGAUCCGUCCAACCAUGAAGAUUUCAGAGAACCUUCCUUGCUAUAGUAUAAUAUAUAUAGUUUGUGAAAUUUUGGUUGUCAUUGUCUUUCAAAUAUUAGAUUAACAUACAAUUAUACUGUUCAGAACAAGCCUGCAGAGAUGGAUAGGUGGCUUGCAACUGAUGAGGGACCCCUUCGCAGGAAGUGAUCUCAAAGCAAAUAGAAACGUGUUGUUUCUACUGUCAUUUGUAACCAGGCAUCCUCCACUAGAAACUCUAUGCUCACACAUUCCUGGUUUUAAUCUAAAAAAAUAAAUAAAUAAAGUGAGAGGAUCUAGCUUGCUCAUACAUCUGAGAGCUUUAUAGAAAAGAUGAGAGAAUUUUCUCUGGGAGAUGAUGAAACUCCUCUUUUCUAAAGCAGAUCAGCUUCAUUAAGACUUCUUUCAGUUUUUCUGAGUUCAAAAUGUGGAAUCUCUCUUGAUUUUGAUUUUCCUUUUCUGAUGUUUGGCAACUAUAACCAUAACAAGCCCUAGUUGUACUUUCAUGACUUUAGGAACAUUGAGCCAUUUCACCAUUGACAAUAUACAAUCCAUUCUAACUUACAAGUAGCAUCCAACAGUCCUUACAAUAAUCAUGUCUGUUGGCCAAGACAUUCUAAGCAUGUGACUAUUGGUUGAGGAAUUAGUGUCAUGACACAUAGAAGAAACCUGCAAAAUCACAUUUAUUAUACUGGGGAUAUGUGUUCUUGUGGAUAGAUUUGGAAUGUGUGCUUGUGCCUCCCUACAGAUUUUGUUUUAUAACUGAUUAGGGAUUUAGCUAUUCUUUUCAAACACUAUUAUUGUUGUAACUAUUAUUGUCAAACAUUCUAGCGUAUUUCAAAGGUUUGGGUUGAAUACUGCUGAUGGUACUUUAUCUCCAGGGAUACCCUGGGAAAGAAACACAUGUGAAAUAGUUAGGUGUUUCAUUUUUAAUAUUUAACCAUGGGUAACAAUCUCCCAAAGCAGAGAAUGUCCUUCCUGCAGAAGGGCAAAGCACUGAGGCGUAGAACUCCCAAGAGAGACAGAAUGUGCUUUCACUUUCCAGUCCGCAGGAAAUGGUAAGUACCCAGCUUGCUGUUCGCAGCCUGCCAAGGUGUCCAAAGAGAUGCACUCAGAGAACCUCUGGAUUUUCAGUGUCAUCGAAGGGUCUCUGAUUUCAUUGCCUCAAGGGGCAUUUAAGGAGAUGGGUUUGUAAAUCACUAUUUUUGAUAUACUCACUCUGAGGAAAGACCAUCACUUCUUAGUGUGUCCUUUCCUUUCCCUGUGGCCCAACCUUGUCAUUCUUUUCAUUGGCUACCCUUGGUCCAUCCAGUAGACUUCGUGAUGUGCCUGGUAUUGCCUCUCAGCAAUAGGGGAAAGCUCACUCUGUAAGGAAUUGCUUGGGAAUUUUUCUUGUAGAAGCAAACUUGUCAUAGAAAAAUCAAAUAUGUUGACAUUGCAGAGACAUUAGAGACCCUUGUGUUAUCGCUACAAAUAGAGACAGACUUUAGAAUAGUGUCAUCUCCACAAAUGCCUGAGGUAUAUGCUACCCUAGAGUUUUGUGCCACCUUAUGGAUUUUAUCUCUCUUGAGGUCAUAUUUAUCUUGUCCCCGUGUCCAAUCUCUAGCCUGUUCCAUCAAUAUGUGUAGGUACAGAGCGGAAAAGAAAAAAAAAAUAUAUAUAUAUCCCCAAGCCCCAUAAGGGUGUCUCUAAAGCUGUCAUAUGUAAAACAGAAUAAUGCAUAUGACUCUACUAGAUACUGUGUUUCGGGUAUGGAAUGGAUAGGAAAAUUCACAUUAGUGACCAAAUAAACCAAGAAAGAAAUUAGCAAACUUCAGAGUUGCUGGAUCAGUUUUGAUAGUUAAUUCACAAAGCCAGAUCCUAGUAGUCAGUGUGGUACAUAAUUUCAGGUAUGCUCAGCCAAAUCUAAAACUGUAUUGGAGGAAGCGAAAGCUGGUUUAUUGGGAUGGUUGAUGGUUGCAUAGCCCUCUCUGCUGGGACUCCUUGCAAGUGAGCUUGUAAUUUACAGAACUUUUUCUUGGACUCCCUUGAAGACACAUAAUAGAGGAGCUCAAAUCUGCAAGGAGAUCUUUUCUAAAAGUGUGAUUCUUGAUUUGUAAUGCUCCAGCCUCUAUUAUCAAGAACAUAAUCCUGAGUUUUCUUUCCAAGUGGGAGGAUUACUCUUAUUAUUAAUGUAUUAAAUUAAACCAAAUAUGUAACUGCUUCACAAAAUAUUUUACCUAAGAAAUAAACUAGAUGGUAUAAAUAUCCAUGAUAAAAACCAUACCAUCUUAAUAGUUGCUUUUGUGAAAAAAUUAUACUCUUUGUGAAUCUUUCUCUACAUUUCUAAAUCCACUUUAGCAAACAUUAUACUUGAAAAAUAUCCCAAAGAAAAAUCUUGGGAGCUUUUUAUACUGUAUUGCAAUAAUACAGAGAGAAGAAAGUUGUAUGGUUAUGAUAAUGAUGUGAAUGAGAAUUAUCUACACUGUUGACAAGAUUAUAUUUUUAAAGGAAAUAGUUUGGCACAAAGAAAAUGUGUUAAGUGGGAUUUCAUCAUGUAUUGCCCUUGUUUAUGAAAGUUUCUGAAAGUCAUUACCUUUAACAAAGAUGCCCAUUUUCCUGAGACAACUGUAUAAUUUAAUCUCAUUCUCAGGUUUGACAUGAAAAUCAAAGCUGGGCAUAUAUAGUUUUGGCUUGGACAACCAAAGAAAAAUGUGUUUUGGCAUACUUUCCACGCCAUUGAAUUAUUUUAAAGAAUACAUUAGGUCUGUGCAGAUGUCUCAUAAAAUACUUUUUAAAAUUUCCUUCCACUCUUAAAAGUAAAUUUUAAAUUACUCAACUUGAUAACUUAAUACUUUUCCAUUUCAAAGGACAACUCCAUUUUUAUAUUGUUACUAAUAUUUUAGGACUAAUUUAUAAUUUGAAUCAAUACAUAGGAGGGGGUAUUAGACUGGAGUCUAGUCCCAUAACCACAUGGUGCAGACAGAUCUAUCAGUGACUAAGUGGUUUUAGAUGAACCAGCCUUAGACAAUAUAGCAAUGUGAAUACGGUUUUUAGUCUUUUUUUCUGUCAAAGGUUUGCAUUUUAAGCAGUGUAAUAACAACUUUAGAAAAGUUGGAUUACCAGUUGCAAGAUUCUUUUUCUUGGAAUUAUUUCAUUGUUUCAACGUACUUGUUCUCCUCUACCUUAUUUCUCCCAUACCAUAGGGAUAUGUAUAUUAAAAACAAAAAUACAUUUUACAUGUUGAAUAACCUAAAUUGUAUUCUGCAUAGUACCCAAAAAUUCAUGUCAAGUUAAUUUUCUCUCAUAAAUGAAACAAAGUACAGAGAAGGAGUCUUAUUCUUCAGGUAAAUGUACACAGUUGUUUGAGAAUUGUUUGGAAAACUGGCAUCCUUCCCAAAAUAGAAGCAAAUAUCUUAAAGAAAGAAAUUCAUGACUAUUCCUUUUGUUUGCUUAACAAGUGUUUUAGACAGGAAGUCAUUAGGGUUAAUUUGAUUCCUUCUGCUGCCUUUGAUUGUGAGCGUUGAGAACAGUUCUGGGGGGUGGGGGGAAAUAAGCUGGUCAAGGUCAACUUCUGGAAGUUAAUAGAAUGAGAUUUUGUAUUUUCCCUUGAGAGAUGGUACCAAGCAGGCAAGCAACCAUGUACCUACCAGUUAACAUUUUCUAGAAAUGUAGUUUGGCAUGUUGGGAGAAAAGGAGGGAGGGAGUCCUCACCCAAUCUGUCGGCUGAUAUCUCAUCACCCAACACUCAGCCUGUGGAUCUUUCACGAGUUCUAGUUAAGGUCAGACAUUCCCAAAAGAGCCAGUCUCCAUCUUGCCUAUGUGUUGAUUGUCUUGUCUCUGACAUUUCUUCUCCAAAAUCCUACUAACAAGCAAACUAGCCUGGCCAGCCAGUUGCCUAUGAUACUUCUCAGUGCUCUCAGAAGGAGGGAUGUAGUUGAACAGGUGCAAAGCCUUUGGAAUUCAUUUAUAAUUGCUAUCAUUGGAUUCUCAGAAUCGUUUGUCUUUGAAGUUUCUGUCCCAAGCUCUGAGAACAGGGUUUCUGCUGUCAUCAGCAUCUUAUAGGAACUUUGACAAUCCAAUGGUUGCAUCAUUAGUAAAAUGAAAAUAAAAUUGCUUUAUUACUACUCAGGAUUCACUCAUCGGUGUUCAGAGCUUCCACUAACCAACAUCGCAGGAUUGACAAAGGAUCAGAAAUAAGCCAGAGAGGCAUAAAAUUGCCUCAUCAUUAUUGAAGUUCUUUCUACUGACUACUACUACUACUACUAACUACUAACUACUAACUACUACUAAUUACUAAGUAACUGCUAUUAACUACUGACCUUCAUCCAGGAUCACUCACUGACUUUCCAUUCUGUUCAGACUUUAAGUCAAGCCAGUAGAAAAGUUUCAAAAUCAGAAUUUUAUAAACUUCAAGCAUUUAUUUUAUUAAAAUGUUCUGUUAAUUAUCAUAAAGUAAUGAUGACUUAAGAAACCUAACACUGGCCCUAGAUUUAAUAAGAUUCCAAUUACAGUCUUCUAAUUAAAUUAACCUUUCAUUUUGGUCUAAGGAUAUUUUAUUAAUGUGAGACUCUUUAAUGGGGUCAUUCUGAAACUGAUCAAAGAACUUCCCUUUAAGAAUGGUUGUCUUAACUUCUCAUUCUCUAUUUCACCAUCAAGAUGAAUGGAUUCAGGCUCAAUGAGCACAUCACAAUCUUCUAUGAGCCAAUCUCUAUGUGAGGCAGAUACCUGGUUUGUUAGCUAACAUUUCACGUUGUGGAAUUGGCAUCAUUUACCUCAUCACUACUACUAACUACUAACUAACUGCCACUAACUACUAACACUGAAUGUUCUGGACUUGGAGGCACUGGCUGGUCUCUGAGCUAAAACUUCAGAGCCCUCAUCAACUGACAGCACCUAGAGAAGGGGACCACAGCUUCUCUCUUUGAGCACACAGUGCUCUCUCCAUUUGAAUGUCUAGUUGUCAUCAGAGAGGAGACUCAAAGGCUUUCUCUUUUGGAAGGGUAGAUCUUUUGGCUUCAGAAGAUCAUGGAUCUUCAGAUUGCUCUGGAUUUAAAUCUUCACAUUGCUAUAUGAGAGAUGAUACAUACCUUCAUGUCUUUUGGGGUUUUUUGUUUUGUUUUGUUUUGUUUUGUUUUGUUUUUUGUUUUUCUGAAACACACCGAGCCCCCAUGAUGGGGCUUCUUAUUUCCUUCUGCUUGUAGGCAUGAGCUGAAGAAGCUGCAUGUGGCCAAGCAGUUGUUCCUCGUCAUAUUUCAUUAUCAGAACAAAUGUCAAAGCAAUCAAGCCACAUGCAUGCGGGAGGAACUAAAAAUUUAUUUUUUUAAAAGUAAUCACUUGUACACCACUGAGGGUGGGACUCUUUUCCCUGAAGAGAGAGAGUAGAAAAUUUCCCCCAGAUGAAAAGCAUUCAAAAGAUAGAAAGGAUUUCAACUCAAUGACCUUGUUAAGGCCACAACUAUUCUUCUUCCAAGGAUGACCUUUCAAAUUCACUUUUGUUUUCUCAUUUCUUAAGCUUACCAUCAGAUAGGAGAAAGAGAUUGUCAGUACUGUUUUCUACUCAACUAUAUGAAAUAUAAACAAGCUAUACAGUGGCCAGCCCCUCCCCACACCCAGUUUAUUUAAAGUUACAGGUAUUGUAAAGGAGAACGGAAGCAGGAAGCCAAUUGCUACAGACUCAAUUGUCUUUUAAAGAGCCUCCUUGUUAUAGAGAAAUGACUAUCCCAAAAGAUGUCACAAAAAUACUUCUUAAAUCGUACCUGGAGCAAAUACCAGAAUGGCCUUGGCCAAAAUGCUUCAUUACUGAUCUGAAAUUGCACAUAAAACACAGAACAGACACACUUUUUCACAAGGAAAGGAAGAUAAAAACCAGACAAACAAACAAAAAAACAAAAAAACAGAAACAAAUAAACAAAGAAAAAACAAACGGAGCUCCGCUUAUGAAAACAAAGAAUAUUUCUGUGGCAUGAAUGUAACCUUUCGCUCGAAAGAAUCCCAAUUGGAAUGUCUUAAGAAAUGACAAAACUAUUUCAACAUAGUGGGAAGAAUGCAUCCAGCUCUGUUAGUCCUGAGCCACAGAGCCAAAUUUGUGAGAGGCAAAAGGGGAAGCAAACAUCACUGGCAUGUCGCAACAGAUAAAGCGGCUUUGUGAGAGAAAUCAUUUAAACAGAUAAUAUUUUUCUUAUGCUAUAACAAUUCUAUGGUUGAUUCUCGUGGACAAAAACAAAAACAAAACUCUUUCUUUUCUCAUGAUUUAUUUCCAUCUAGAGCUGGCUAUGGAGCUGCAGUAGAAGCAUCUAAUUUUGACACUGCAAUGAUUUCUUUGUGUCGAAUCUGAUCGCUCAUUCAGAUUUCCUUAGGAAAUAGUAAAUUGGAACCAAAAAAUUGGGUUUUGUCUUCUUUAAAAACAAAUAGGUACCGUAAGCAUUUUCUGCUGACGACUGCCUUAAGCAUUCUUAGUUGUGCUGUCAAUCAAAGGCAGGUCUUUGCUUGAAGACUUGAGAACUUGAUUUUUUUCCUGAGCAAGCUCAGCCUUCUUCCCAUGCAGGCAACAUCCCAUCCACAUAAAUUCAUGUCAUUCCUCCUCAACUCCCUGCCACAGCCCCAGCCUGACCCACCUCUUAAGCUAACCCACCUCUUCCAGCCAAGCAAAUUACAACCUUUAACGAUGUGUGCUCACAGCUUGUCCACCUGAAUACCCCAGAAAGUCUCUGAAAACCUCCCCUCUCUUCAGCCUUUUCCAGAAGCCCUUGGGAUUCAAAAACAUCAACAACUCAUUUGUUUGUGCUCAGCCAAGAAACUGUGAACAAAUUGAGUCACCGUGUUAAUUACCCUGAGGUGAUAAGGUGACUGUCACAGAAGUGGCUGGCAGAAGAGAAUUGCAAGGCUAUUACUAAAAUAAUGUUCUAUGAAGAAAGAGUGUACAGUCUUCUAGAAACGGAUUUUCAGGGUGCCAUGCUUAAUAACAUAGAAAAUUAUAUAGGAAGGCCAAACAUAAAACAUGGUUUAGAAUUAUAUUAUAUGGACACGAUUAUUAUAUAUGCUGACAUGUCCUUAACUUUCUAAACCUAGGAACCAUCUAUAAUUAAACUAAUACCAAUAGAAUCUAGUUCUUCCUACUUUAUGAGUUUCUAAGGAGAAAAUUCAAUAUUGAUCUUCCCAUCCCACAUGGAAAGGCUUUGCUGGAGGAAUGCAAUUAGGGUGACAUGGGUAACUAUAUAUAGUGUUGUUUUAGAAUAAGCAACUUCAGUGAUUCUUUAGUCUGUGGCCAAGCAGCAUCAGUAAUGAGUAGGAAAGCUGUGAAAUAUGCAAAUUAUCUGCUCUCCUCUGAGAAACCCCCAGCCCUCUAUAAAUCAGAGAUGCCAGGAGUAGGCUCCUCACUGUGGGUUUUAACAAUCUCUUUGGGUUGUUUUAGUUCAUGCUGCAAUUCAAAACCAUUGAUCCAGUCAGCGGUUUGCAUGGCUUCUUAGAAUGAUCAGUGUCACCCCAUAUUUAACUCUCCUCUCUCCAGAAUGAAGCUUAUAGGAUUAAAUGGAAGCUGGCCUGUCAGUACCAUAGACUAAUACAUGUGGGUUUAGAAGUUCAGAUUUAGAAUUCCAUUUGAAGGAAAACUAACCUCACAUCUGGUUUGUUGUUGUUGUUGUUGUGUUGUUGUGUUGUUUUUGUGGUUUUGUUUUAAUGGGACUUCAAGAAGAUUCUCUUCCUUGAGUCUUUCUAGAUCUUUUAAAAUAUAACUGUUCAUGUACUUUACCUGACCAUCCCAGGGACCAGAAAACAGUCUAGGAAACCUUUCUCACUGUUGAAUAAUUAGCUCUGGCUGUUAUCCUUAAUGGCCAACAAUUCUGCAGCAGUCCUGAGUCCUGCUGAAUGAGUUUCUUCUGGAGGAGUGGGUGUGUAUGGAGAGGCAGUGACUGCUGGUCAGUUUGGGAAACUGGUUCAAAGUAAACAACAGUGCUUAUAAAGUUUGGGAACAUCAAGUGGCAUAGUGGUCACUCUAGGUCUCCUAGGAUCAACCUUCAAGGCUCUCUUGGUGGCACUGGGGCAAAGCCAGAGUGGUGAAUAUUCAGGUCACUUAUUUGAUAAGAACACCUUAGAAGACAGGUUAAGAUAGGGAGUUAUCUGAGAAUGUAUGCCCAUGUGUCUGUCUGUCCUCUGGAUGCUAACCUGACAUCCUGAAGUACUUAAAAUAUCAACCUGUGUUUGUCCUUCCUUUCAAUCAUGAAAAGCAGUUCAAGAAUCUGUGUGCUUCUGUUGGUGGUGGUCAAAGCUUGGGCGCUGCUUGUCCAUUUGCUCCGGCUGGGGGUGCCUUCCCAUCGAUACCUUCCCUCUUGUCCUACUCCUGUUAAACACACCUGACCACUUGCAGCUCCAGCCCAAGCACAGCCCAUUUAUCUCACUCCUCCUCAUCACCCGCAACUCCACGUACAUAUUCUUUUACUCAAAAUCAGAGCCCUUCUGAGAGAUCAUAUCAGCAUAGCAGGCCAUUGCAGUGAUGGGAUGUAAUAUUUGCAGCAGAAAGGCUUACGUCAGGUUCCAUGCAAUUGACUCAAAUCCAUCACUAAGAUUCCAAGCCUUAAUAUCCUCUCUGACCUUUGAAAUGUCACCUUGGAAGCGUCCAUGGGGGAAACUGCCAAUGUAAGCUUGCUGUCCAUCUCUCCUCGGUCCACAGUCCAUGCACUGUGCUAUUUGCUCCGGUCAUGAAGCCUUGAAAUAAGCCUGGAUUUGAAUUGCAAAGAGCAGAUAAACAGGUCCAUAAUAAACGACCCUUACUAUGUAGCAUAACAAAAAGCCCUGGACACUAGAAAGUGACAGAUGAUGGUUUUAAUACCAUAAACAAAUUUUCCUGUCAGUAAUCUGUAGUGAUAGAAACAGGUUAGUGAUACAACACAUCUCUUUCUCAAAAGCCAUAAUCACCAUUGUUGAAACAAACAACUGUUAUUCUAACGGAACUUCCUGGGGUUCCUUUGGGAAUUUUGUAUGUGUACAAUGCUCAUAUCAAGGAAGACAUUCAUGGCUUUCUAGACAAGAGCCAGACGCCCCCCCCCCCACACACACACAAAAGAAAGAUGGCUGUUGUAUAUAUGCACAAAACACAGCUCGUUCCAUGAGGCAGACAAGAUGAGAAAGGUUAGAAAGGUUAGAAACAAAUCCACAAUUGUCACAUGCUUCUGGUGGCUCCUGGUGGCAAAUAUUCCCUACUAACCCAGUAGGUGACUUAAGGGUAAACUGAAUUCAUCCUGAACCAUUGCAAUGGGCAAUCCCUAUAGAAAAGGCCAUCACAUCCUUGUGCCUAAAACCUUCUUUACAAAAGAAAUGAGCACAACACACACACACACACACACACACACACACACACACACACACACACCCAACCCCUUGCUUCGCAGGGCUAAAAAGUAAAGAACAGAACUUGUACAGGAGUUGUGCUCAGAGUGUAAGGGAUCUAUCACGAGGGAGCUUCAAAGACAAAGAGGUGGGAAAGACAGACAAAAUUGGACACGAUCAUAGUACAGGUGAUAUAAGCAGUCCUCAGUCCUCCAGCUCAGCCUGGAGACUGCUCGUGUGUCUAAGACUGUAUGUUCAAUAACGUCAUCAUACUUGGAAUGCCUUGAGCAGUAGUUUGGUCAUGAUCUACAUGGAAGAUUAACUGAGUCUUUCAGUUUCGAAUCUCUCAGGCCAACCAACAUAAUCUAUGGCUAUUUUCAGUGUGAAACACAUGCAAACAUGUGCAUGGACUAUGUUUGUGAUUCUGUGGAGAAACAAAAUGUUUAACAAUCAGAGACUUUCCAGUGUUUCCGAGUUUUGCAGGAAGCAAAAGUCAGCAUGGCCAUGAUUGCUAACGGUACUAGAGUUACAAUCAUCAGAAGUGCUGUUGGAACUGCUGUGUAAGACACCCUCUGUAGCACCAGUGUAUCAAUACUAUUUGAAUUGAACUGUCGAUCUGUGCUCCUUAAAUAUUUUUUUUUCUAUCUGUGGUGGUCUACUGUUAUCCUGCAAUAGUGAUCAUGUGACCAGGAAAGGAAGUAGCCUCAUUGAAAUGUUAGAAGUAGAGGAAGUUAUUUAUGGUCUUCUGCCAAAGAAAAGUGUUUAAUGAUCUGUAAAAUGUAGAUUAACUUCUUAUAUUAUGAAUGUGAUUGUAAGAAAUGCUCACUUCAUCAUCUAUCCUUUGAAAAUGAAUCUUGUGUUUCUAAUGAUCAAGGGAAAUAUUUUUAGCUGAUGUAAUACACAGAAGUGUUAGAAAAAGAAAGCUAGAUCCGAAUUUGAAAACUCAGUGGCACAGCCUUUCCCUCAAAUUCUUGCAUCAUGCUAAGACCUUAAACACACCAACAUUAAUAACAGCUCCAAUCACAUAGAGAAAAGGCGUCGAAACAUUUCUGUUCAUGAACGUUGAGUCGACGGAAAUUACUGUCUAAUUUCCUCGCCCAUCUGCCACAUACGUGUGGACUCAAAGGUCUACCAAUGUUGCACAGAAAGUUAACAGGCUGUGUACGCCAAUUUCAUCUGUGCAGUGAGCAAGAACUAGCCAUUAAACUAUAUAUUUAAACGUUUUGUAAAUAAACUUUUGAUUACUACAGUUUUGUUCAAACUGCUGUCUUUUAAAAUAAUUAGACUUGAUUUGAAUUUUUUUAAAUAAUCUGUUAUAUUAGAUGUUGCGUUAUUGACUGUGAUUCAAUGUACACUCAGCCAUAUUCCUGUGGGAAAUAUCAGUCCUAUUGACUUUCUUGGCAUGAGCCAGAAGCUCUUAGUUUCUCUAAGGACUCUUAAGUAUAAAGACAAAAAAAAAAUCAAAAUGAAAUGCUAGUGAAAUAAGAAACCUAUUGUACAAAAUGUAUUUUUAAAAAUCUUAAGAUUCAUGUGAUUUACACUGCCUGUUAAUCUAGUCUCUCUGUGAAAUAACCACAGCAUAUUUGUUAAGAUGGAAACACCAAAUAUUUACGAUCUUUGUAUAGCACCUUGUUAUAAUAUGUGACUUCAAAUGGUAAACAUGUCUAUUGUGACCAUGUGAGCCCACAGAAGAAUAAGUUCCUGCUGUUAUGUAAAAUCCAGCUCUCAGAAUUCAGAUUCCCUGCAGCUGCUGUACCACCAAUAAACAAAAAUUAAUUGUGAAAAAAAUAAUUUUUAAGUUUAUGAUCACUGUGCAUUUUGUUAAUGAAUUCAGAGAAUUUUAUUUUUACCAGAAAUUCUCUCAGCCAGUAAAUACAACUGCUGAUUUCAACCAUACUAUCAUUUCUGUGGUUUCUCUAUUCUUGAUACAACUACCAAAAAAUUGGAAGCUUGGUGCAAAGUAUAUCCUAACAAAGAUACAAUCAAUGACUUUUCCUGCAUGCUGCCUGAGAUAAUAUUGUAAUUUGAGAUGUCUUAUCAAAAAAUUAUCUCAUAGCCCAAACUGUAACCGGCAAUAUUUCUUAUGUGUAUAACUGAUGGUAUGUCAAUACCUAAAGCAAUGUCUGUCGUACAUGUAUGUUAUAUGUACUGUUUAAUCAUGUUAAACUGUAAUCUGUGAGACUGUCAUUGCCUGAACUAGUCGACUGUGUAACAAAUCGUUGUGUUCUCUGUUUUCCUAACCUCACCGUGUUUCCUAACACUGAAAUAUAAAUGUUUGUAAAUUA